AUGGCUUCCAUCUUCACUCACGAGUUCAAUACACCCAUCUACAAGGGCAAGACUUCUUUCAACACUGGCCUUUAUAUUGACGGAAAGUUUGUCGAUGGUUCAGAUAAGACUACUAUCGAUAUCAUCAAUCCUGCAACCGGAAAGGUCAUCACCAAAGUCGCUGAAGCCACGCCCAAAGAUGUAGAUAUCGCUGUUGCUGCAGCCCACAAAGCUUUUGAGACUACGUGGGGUUUGAACGCUGGUGGCGCAGAGCGCUCCAGAUUAUUGGGAAAACUUGCCCGGCUUAUGGAGGAACAUCAGCAGGAGCUUGCUGCUAUCGAAGCAUUAGACAAUGGCAAGACUUUCACCUGGGCAAUGGACGUCGAUACCACAUUUGCCAUCGACACCAUUCGCUAUUACGCUGGUUGGGCUGACAAGAUUCACGGUCAAGUACAGGAGACGGACGAGAGGAAGCUCUCGUAUACUCGUCACGAACCAAUUGGAGUUGUUGGUCAAAUUAUUCCGUGGAACUUUCCACUUCUCAUGAUGUCGUGGAAACUUGGCCCUGCUCUUGCUACCGGAAACUGUGUUAUAUUGAAGCCUUCUGAGUUUACUCCUCUCACUGCUAUACGGAUGUGCGAACUUGUCCACGAAGCUGGAUUCCCCCCGGGCUCGGUCAAUCUUCUCACUGGAUAUGGAAAUACUGUCGGAUCGGCAAUUUCAAGCCAUAUGAAAAUCGACAAAGUCGCUUUCACCGGUAGCACCCUGGUUGGUCGUAAGAUUAUGGAAGCCGCCGCGAAGACCAAUCUCAAAGACAUAACACUUGAGCUUGGUGGAAAGAGCCCAAAUAUUAUCUUUGACGAUGCAGAUGUCGAUCAGGCCGUCAACUGGGCAGCUCAUGGGAUCUACUGGAACCACGGACAAGCAUGCAGUGCUGGUUCUCGUAUUUUCGUUCAGUCCGGAAUUUAUGACGAAUUCCUAGAGAAGUUUACUGAGAAAAGUCGAUCAUUGAAAGUCGGGGACCCAUUCGCUCUGGACUCUUUCCAAGGACCUCAGGUCUCAAAAGCUCAAUACGACCGUAUCAUGGGUUACAUUCAAUCUGGGAAGGACCAAGGUGCAACCGUCCACCUUGGUGGUGACCGUAAUGGUACAGAAGGAUACUACAUCAACCCAACUAUCUUCACCGACACCACACCCGACAUGAAGAUCGUCCAAGAGGAAAUCUUUGGUCCAGUCGGUGUUGUGAUCAAAUUUGAGGACGAUGAAGAUGUCAUUCGCCAAGCAAACGAUACCGUGUUUGGUUUAGCCUCUGCUGUAUUCAGCCAGAAUAUUACCCGUGCCCUGACAACUGCACAUCGAUUAAAGGCUGGAACUGCCUGGGUCAACUGUGUGAACCAAUUGCAUGCCAAUGUCCCAUUCGGUGGUUUCAAACAGUCUGGUAUUGGUCGUGAACUCGGCGAAUAUGCUCUGCAUAAUUACACUGCCGUCAAGUCUGUUCAGGUCAACCUUGGACAUGUCAUGUAA